AUCGAUUUUUUAUCUCUCUAUAAUAAAGUUCGAAUUGAAUUGCAGCAGCAGUUCCAUGGAGACAGGUCAAAACGGAAACCCAAGUCCGCUAUGGCAUAUUGUGGUGGUUUCAGCCAUUGCCGCCGGGAUUCAGUUCGGCUGGGCUCUGCAACUCUCCCUUCUAACCCCUUACGUUCAGACCCUCGGCGUUCCUCAUGUUUGGGCCGCUUUCAUUUGGCUUUGUGGCCCCAUCUCCGGCCUCCUCGUUCAACCCAUCGUAGGGUACAGUAGUGAUCACUGCACCUCCCGCAUCGGUCGUCGUCGACCUUUCAUUGCCGCCGGAGCUUGUUUCGUUGCCGUAGCUGUUUUCUUCAUCGGCUUCGCCAAAGACAUAGGCCACCGAGCAGGCGAUCCACUCCUCAGUCCCACCAAGCCGAGAGCGGUGGCUAUCUUCGUCACUGGUUUUUGGAUCCUCGAUGUGGCGAACAACAUGUUACAAGGUCCUUGCCGCGCUUUCCUCGCCGACCUUUCGGCAAACGAUCAUAAGAGAAUGAGGAUCGCCAAUGGGUGGUUCUCGUUCUUCAUGGCUAUCGGGAACGUUCUGGGUUACGCGGCUGGUUCCUUCUCCAACCUCCAUAAACUUCUGCCUUUCACUGUAACAAGAGCCUGUGACGUUUACUGCGCAAACCUCAAAACUUGUUUCCUCAUCGACAUUGUUUUCCUCAUGUUGGUGACGAUAACCGCUGUCACCACUGUUAAAGAGACGCCGUUAACGAGUAAAGAUGCUACAGAAGGAGACGAAGGAGGAUCAUCCGGCCGGGCAUUCAUCGGAGAGUUAGUGACGGCAUUCAAGACCUUGAAAAAGCCAAUGUGGAUAUUGCUACUGGUUACAUGCCUCAAUUGGAUCGCUUGGUUCCCGUUCUUGUUGUACGACACUGACUGGAUGGGAGUGGAGGUAUACGGAGGGAAUGUAAAGGGAAGUGCUAAUGAACAAAAACUGUACGAUCAAGGAGUGCGUUCGGGUGCAUUGGGGUUGAUGAUAAACUCGAUCGUGUUGGCGUUUGCGUCGUUGGGUUUGGAGCCUGUGAGCCGGUUGAUAGGUGGGGUUAAGAAUCUGUGGGGUGUGGUCAACUUCAUCUUGGCCGCUUGCUUGGCCGCAACGGUGGGAGUUACUAAGGUGGCGGAGGCUUGGCGGCAUAAAAGUGGACUACAAAUCUUGACCCCUCCACCGACCAACAUCAAAGGCUCUGCUUUGGCUGUCUUCGGACUGCUCGGUGUUCCAUUAGCGGUAACAUUUAGCAUUCCAUUCGCCUUGGCAUCCAUCUAUUGCUCAGACGCCGGUGGCGGUCAAGGUCUGUCCUUGGGAGUGCUAAACUUGUCUAUAGUUAUCCCACAGAUGGUAAUAUCAGUGGUGAGUGGACCUCUGGAUGCUGCGUUUGGUGGAGGGAAUUUACCAGCCUUUGUAUUGGGCUCAAUCGUGGCUACCAUCAGCGCUGUGUUGGCCAUAUUUGCACUCCCCAAUCCCAAAAACCAAGUUCCUCUCAACUCUGGAACUGCAAUGGCCGGACCUCAUUAGACCAUUUCACCAUCCUCAAGUAUACAUGUUGUGAGA